UAUCGCGAUAUAAGAGAGGUCUGGUGACGAGUUGCCAGAGUGGGGUGAACAACUAUGUGUUUUGACAAACGGUGUGCUGUAACUAAGGUUAAUCACGCACAGUUCUUAAUAUUUUGCAAGUGUGUCUAUAAUAUACACUUUGGUUAGUGUCACAGAACCUCCACGCUCUAUUAACCUUAACGUAAUUAUUCCGCAUUCAACAUGAAUGUGAUGUAGUUAUUUUGAAAUUUAAUUAAUUACUCGCCCCCUUUUCUUAAAUUUCGGCGCUCAAUUUUCCAUUAUUAAAUUUGAUACGAGACAUUCACGCAUUUCCAAUAGAUUAUGAGGAAGUCAAUGUUGAGUGAACUCGAAGAACCUCACAUUAGAAGUUACGCCGAAAUAUUCGAACAAAAACAAGAUGAUGAAGAACAUCAAACCAAAACGUCGAUAGAACAGGAGCAUAUAGAAAAUCAAGUACUUAAAUUGUACAAAUUAAGUCAUACCCCCACUUUAAUAACAGAAAAGCAUAUAAAAAAAUUAAAAAUAUUUAUAACUAAUCUUGAUGGAACUUACGAAUCUUUAGAUUGCAGCAGGUCAUGGUUAUGUUAUUGGAUUUUACAUUGCCUGCAAAUCUUAGGACAUCGUUUAAACGAUGAAGAGUAUUCCAGAAUUAUUGGUUUCUUAGCCAAAUGUCAGUCACCGGAAGGAGGAUUUGGAGGAGGUCCAGGACAGUAUCCUCACUUAGCUAGUACUUAUGCAGCAGUGAAUGCAUUAUGUAUCAUUGGAACUCAUGAAGCUUAUCAAGCAAUCGAUAGGAAAGCGCUUAAACGCUUUUUAAUAUCCUUGCAUGGUGAAGAUGGUUCUUUUAGUUUACAUGCUGAUGGAGAAGUAGAUAUAAGGGGUAUAUACUGUGCACUUGCUGUAGCAAAAUUGACAAAUGUAUAUACUCCUGAAAUGUUCAAGGGAUCAGAAGACUGGAUAGCUAAAUGUCAGACUUGGGAGGGUGGUAUUGGUGGUUGUCCCGGUAUGGAAGCUCAUGGUGGAUAUACAUAUUGUGGAUUAGCAGCACUUGUGCUUCUUGGGAAAACUGAUUUUUGCCAUUUAAAAUCAUUAUUGAGAUGGAUAGUAAACAAACAAAUGCGGAUGGAAGGUGGAUUUCAAGGACGAUCCAAUAAAGUAAUAGAUGGUUGCUAUUCAUUUUGGCAAGGCGGAGUUUUUGCAUUGAUUCAUGCAAUUUUAACAAAACAGAAAAAAGUGUUCAAUUCUAAUUACUGGUUGUUCAAUCAAGAGGCCUUACAAGAAUAUCUAUUAAUCUGCUGCCAACAUCCUGAUGGUGGCCUUUUGGAUAAGCCUGGAAGAUAUCCAGAUAUGUAUCAUACAUGUUAUGCUCUCAGUGGAUUAUCAAUUGCACAAAAUUCUCCACAGCCAUUAAUUAUUGGACCUGAAACCACCAAUUUGGUGGAAGUAACUCAUCCUGUAUAUAAUCUAGUACUUACUUGUGCAGAUAAUGCACUGAAUUACUUUAACAGACAACCGAUACCUGCCUGAGCAUAUAUUUGGUAUUUGAAGUGCAUUAAUAGAGUAAUAACUGUUUCUAUUCUAUUUUGUGAAAAAAUUCAAAAUGGCAAAUUCUAUUUCACUUCAUAUUAAAAUUGACCAACAAAUGUAAAUAUAAUGUUACUUAUUAAUAAAAGUAAGGUGUAUUAAGAUUAA